AGAUGACUUAAAAGUGACCUAUAAAUGCAAGAACACAGAUCUCGGAAUAACAGUAAACGCCAUACAGCAAGAAUUAGAAAAAAUGGAUAGAUGGUGUGACACCUGGCAACUCCAGUUUAAUGUCGACAAAUGUGGCUGGCUCUGCAUAGGUUGCAACAAUUUAGAACUUGACCUGACAAUUCAAGGCCAUGCACUCUUACGACUGGAAUCUGUAUUGGACCUAGGACUGAAAUACUCACAUGACUUAUCAUUUUCUGAACAUAUCUCCAAACAAGUGUCAAAGUCACGCAGACUUAUCGGCUUUCUACUCAGGAACUUUUACAGAAAUGAGUCCAGAAUUCUGUUGUACAAGGUUUGUGUGCGUCCUUUAUUUGAUUACUGUUCAUUCAUGUAUAGUAGUAUACGCAUAGAGGACAAAUUGAAAGUCGAGGGAGUGCAGAGGUACUUCACGUCAAAAUUACUCGGAACCGAAAAUGGUGCGAACUACUCCACUAGAUGUGACACCCUAGGAUUAGAAACACUAUGGCUAAGACGCCUGAGACUAAACUUAACACUUUACUAUAAGCUUCUAAACCACUUAGUUUUUACCUCUACUAAUGGCAUUCGACUUUCAGAUGACAGUGGCUACAAACUAAGACACACUAAGGGUACAGUAGCUAUCGAACAAUGUAAAACAGCUACCAGGCAAAAGUUUUACUUGAUUAGGUAUGCACAGAUAUGGAAUAAACUACCAAUGGAAAUGCGUCAAGCAGGUACAUUGGCCUCAUUCAAAAAAGUGCUUAACGACAAACUACAAGAGUUUGCAAACGAUAGUAGUCCUAGUUCCUAUCUGAGAGCCUCCGAAAUUAUAGGUCCAUUUAAUGUAUAAGCUUAAAUACUACACCUGUUGUUUUUUGCCUAUAUUUAUAAUUUUAGAUAAAACAUUAACGAUUAAGAUACUUACCCUCAAACAGACAAGAAGUUUCGUUUGUAAAACUUCUACCCAACACAAUAAGUGGAAUAAAAUGGACAUAAACCGACAACAUGAAAAAGAUAUAACUCACCACAACAUCACAUGGACAGAUGUACGCUCGUCGGGCAUCAUAUAUACCUCACCAACUACAACUCAACUUUCCUAAGAUAAUGUGAUGAACUUAUAUCCGUAAUGUUGCUGAGCAGUUAAUAUCCACAACUCCUGUCGGAACAACUAAAAUUCAAAAACCCUCCUCAUGAGAAGUAAAUACCCACAAGCAGUAGAAAUCCAUUAAUUAAUGCGUCUAAAGCUUAUGUAUUUUGCUCCCAACAAUGACAUUGCAGAUCAAAUGAGAUAAGCAAAUCACUGAUUUCCAAAUAAC